UCUAUUGUAAAUUGUCCGUAAAACCAUAAUAAACUUCAAGGUCGUAGUUCAGUAGUGGGGGCACAGCUGAUGCAUUUUGCACCUUCAGUUGUCAUCAUUUGAAGACACGACUGUGUUCUCUUUAUUGUAUAUAAAAUGUGUUAAAUUAAUUUUAAAAAUGGAACAACGUAGAUUUGUAAUGCCUUUUACGGAAUGUGUUUGAUCAGGUGUAAUGUGUAUCACAAAACACAUUUAGUUUAGUUAACGUUUUAAAAGACGCGCGACAGUAUCCAUGGAAUCCUUAGUGUUUUUAAAUAAAAACAUUAUUAAACUCUAUUUUUACAAUAAUUCUUGAUGUGUAAUAUAAAUGGUGAUAAAAUUUUAGUUUCAUAUAGUUAUCUGUUUUCUUAAUGUGUUUAAAACGAUUAUAAUAUGAAGAAUUUUUGUGUAAUUUUUACAAUUUUAUAUACAGUUGGAUUAAAAAGUAGCAGUUCACAAUGCAUGAAUGGCCAGAAGUUAUCAUUCAUUCGCUGGUCUGGAGUAACUCCGGAGAGGUCUGCGCCUGUAUUCGUGUACUCAGCAAGCGACGAGGAACAGUCAUUGGUCGGGGUCUGUCUCUCCCGAUGUAAAGAGUUGGAUGACUGCGCUGCGGUCGUGGUAGAGUAUGGAAAGGGCAGUUGUCACGGCAUGAAUACUGCUACAGGAAGAUUACACGUUGAUAAUGAUGUCGCCUACUUUAGCAAGAUAUGUUUGAAGUUGCCGCUGGAUUGUGAGCGUCGAUGGUGGGCGCUAGAGAGCACGCCUAGUUAUUAUCUACAAUCCACUACUGCUGGGGAGACCAGGCUGAAUGUCACAGAGCAGCAGUGCUACGAACUUUUACUUGCAGCAGACAAGGAUAAAUACCGAUCAGCGCAAUGGAUAGUACCAGAAAGUAACUCUAUUAUGUUUGAAACGAUGACGAGUAACUUGGGCAACUGUAUUCUAAUUGUCGAGAACAAAUUUACUGAACCUGAAUCGUACCGGGUUUCCAACUCUUACACAUAUUAUAUAGAAGAUCAAUGCGGACAUGAUUAUCCACAAAGAAUAGACCGAUGUUCGUAUGAGGAAUAUUACAACCAGACACUGAAGCAUGUUGAUUUUACAAUAAACAAUAUCACCAAAGAUGAGUGUAAAACUGCGUGUGAGUUGGAGGAGCGCUUCGUUUGUCGCGGCUUCACGUGGGGCAUGCGGGAAGCGCGGGACGUGCGGGGUGUGCGGGGCGGGCGCGGCCUCUGCGACUUACAUAGCGAGGACCUGGUGACAGCGGGCUCAUGGCUGCUGCGCCGCAACACUGAUGCCACAUACUACCGACGCGUUAUUUGCCUUAAUAUAAGCGUGGAAUGCCAAGACAGCAGUAUGGUGGUGACGUAUCGUCCGCGCGGUGUGUUCCGCGGGCGCAUGUAUGUGCCGGGACGCGGGGAGGCGUGCGGGGCGCGGGGCCAGGGCGCAGCGUCCGUGCGCCUCGCCUUGCCCCUGCGUGGAGACUGCGACGUCAACUAUGCGUAUGCCAUCUCCAAUGGACCCGGAGGAGUCGUCAAUCGGACAAUGGCGUACGUGAUGGUGAUGAUCCAGAACAAUCCAAUCAUCCAGACGGCGGGUGACCGCUGGGUGCGUGUCGGGUGCUCGCCGGGCGGCGCACACGCAUACACUAACGUCGACGCCACUGUCUCUGUCAAGGAUACGGGGAAGCCAUCUCAGGCGAGUGAGUCAGGUGCAAGCGCGGUGUACGCGAACACAGCACCUCUCAGUAUGUACGUGGUGCGAGCGCAGGACACGGCGCCCGCGCCUGCCGUCGCCCUCGGGGAGUUGCUGGAGCUCCGUAUUGAAACCACUGCGGAGACGGAAAUCGAAGCAUACCACCUGGUGGCAUCGUCCCGGCUAGGCGACAGCUCUGUGCUGUUGCUGGAUAGUAGGGGCUGCCCCACAGGACAGGUGGACUUCCCAGCGUUCAGUCGGACGUGGCACGGAGGUACGCAGCGACUGACUGCGAACUUCAAGGCGUUCCGUUUCCCAAACUCGCACGUCGUGCGGUUCGCGCUCAUGGUGCGCUUCUGUCAGCGCAAAUGUAAACCGGUUAUGUGCGGCUCCCAACAAAUGAGGACAUCGCGACAAACUGAUCUAACAAAGAAGUGGAGCAACGAGACGGAAAUGCCGGCGGCGGUGCGAGAGGCCGUGUGGUGGGAGAAGCCGCGGGCUGGCGUGGUGGCUCAGGGCGGAGCACCCGCCUGUGUAGGCGCGGCUCCCGGCAGAGUCCCGCUAGAAUUGGAAAUGGUGGUAGGAUCGAGGGACAUAAUCUCAGCUGACACGCUGGUCAGAGCUGACCAUCAGUCUGCACAGUCUGAGAAUGAAAGCGAGAGGGCGCUGGUGUGCGUCCACGAGCUGCUGCUGGUGUCACUGGCGCUGGCCUGGCUCGCCGUGCAGAUACUCCUACUCCUCGGCUGCUGCGUGCUCGUUAAGAGAUACCGCAACCUGGCAGAGAUGAGCAUGCAGAAAGACUACCACUCGUUCGACAACCUCGGCUUCGAGUCGAGCAGCUCGCCGCGCCGCGUGCACUGGCCCGACCAGACCAUAGACAUACUGCACACCACUUAGACUUUAUCUCCCAUAGACCACACAAUUUUUUUUCAACCGGCCGAUUUAACUUAGAAUGCGCUUUACCAAUGUGUUUUUGUGUGAAAAGGUGAUCACUGUUUCUCUACUCUAUCCAGAUAACACGUGAAAUUGAUCUAAUUUUUGUAAAGCUUCAUCGUUAAAAAUAAAUUAAAAACAUUAUAAAUUACUAGCACUAGAUUACCUUUGUUAUAAGUUAAA